AUUCCUGACAGUGACAAGGCUCAGCUUUACAGCUAGGUUUUAAUAUAGGUCUUCUAGGUGUUCAUCAUUGGCAUAUUACAUCUAUUUUGUAAUUUGUGCCUUUCCAGAAUUUACAUGAUAAUAUCACCAGACUGUCUAACAAACUGACGUUAGCUGCGCUCCCCGGCUAACUUAUCAACCGGUAACAGCAGCAGGGCCAGCUGACGGUACACUGAGCUCGUUAGCCAGCUAGCUCCACUGUCUCUCCAGUCCAACUGCCCUUUGUCUUUUCAAGCAACUUAGCUAGCAGGCGUUGGUUCUUCUGUUGGUUAGCUAACGCCGGAUUUUUUGCAUUUUUAUUUUGUUUUUUUCGCCUGACAAGAGUUAAGUAAACCAAGAUAGGCGGCUUGGGAACCAAGAUGUCGAACCGAGUGGUGUGCAGAGAAGCAAGUCACGCCGGGAGCUGGUACUCCGCUUCGGGAUCCCAGCUGAACGCACAACUAGAAGGCUGGCUGUCUCAGGCACAGUCCACGAUCAGACCUGCUAGAGCCAUCAUAGCGCCCCAUGCUGGGUAUACCUACUGUGGUGCUUGUGCAGCACAUGCCUACAAGCAGGUUGAUCCCUCUAUUACUCGUAGGGUGUUCAUCCUGGGACCUUCACACCAUGUGCCCCUCUCCCGCUGUGCCCUGUCACCUGCAGACAUCUAUAGAACACCCCUCUAUGACCUGAGAAUCGACCAGAAGGUUUAUGCUGACCUCUGGAAAACUGGGUUGUUUGAGAGGAUGAGUCUGCAGACAGAUGAAGAUGAGCACAGUAUUGAAAUGCACUUGCCUUACACUGCUAAAGCCAUGGAGAGCCACAAAGAUGAGUUUAGCAUCGUUCCUGUGCUUGUGGGCGCCCUGAGUGAGUCCAAGGAACAGGAAUAUGGGAAGCUGCUCAGCAAGUACCUGGCAGACCCUUCCAACCUUUUCAUCAUCUCAUCUGACUUCUGCCACUGGGGUCAACGGUUUCGCUACACGUACUAUGAUGAUACCCAAGGGGAGAUCUACAGGUCUAUUGAGCAUCUUGAUAGAAUGGGAAUGGGCAUUAUAGAGCAGCUGGAUCCCAUGUCUUUCACUAACUACUUGAAGAAGUAUCGCAACACCAUCUGUGGGCGCCACCCUAUUGGAGUGCUGCUAAAUGCUGUGGCUGAACUGAGAAAGUCUGGUUUAGAAAUGAACUUCUCUUUCCUGAACUACGCCCAAUCAAGUCAGUGCAGGAACUGGCAGGACAGCUCCGUGAGUUACGCUGCUGGGGCACUCAUCGUUCAUUGAGGUCAACUUUUGCAGGGGCCACUGCAGCGCCACCACCCUGCCCUUACUAUCUAUCGCCAUAACCUGACCCAGACACCCUCCCUCUCACCCCACCCCCCCAGUUAUGCCCAAUAUUUGCAGGAAGGACCUAGACACUCGAAAGCCAAUACCGUCUUCUUUCUCUGUCUCUCCCUCGGCUCUCCUCCGCCUUUCUCCACCCUCCUCUCAGUUUGAAGUGUGUCUCAGAGCUUUUGGUUGAAACAUUUUGCUUGAAGUGCAGUUUUGAGAUGAUGUGGGAGCAAAUGGUCAGAGGAGAUAGGCAGAGUGUGUAGUAUUUUGGCUUGGAGUAAGCAUUGAGAGGGGGAAAUCUUGUUUUUUCUGGGUUUUUGCAAGGACUGUAGUUGUCCUCUUUGUCCGUUUUUGUUUUCCUUCCGAAACAAAGGAUUUCAGUUGUAUUAUUGCAUAUUGGACUCGAUCUGUUCUCUUGUAAUUUGCCUCAGAAAAGGAAUUAAAAUAAAACUGCAGAUACUAAUGGAGAAUAUUCAAAUGUUGCCAGACGAGAAUGAAAUGAGUGUUUUGACUGCUUCAACGACUUAAACUUUGAAAACAGUGUCAUAGGUAAUUACUACCAUCGCUCAACAUAUGUUGUAGUUGCUAACAAAGGGCUGCACCCAACAAAGUUCACUAACCCCCUACUGUACAAACCAAAAACAUUAUUAUCAUCUUAGUUUAUUAAAUACAAUAUUUUAUUCAUAUUUUAUUCCUUUUAUUUUCCCUUUUUAGUUAGAUAGUUUUAUUAGAUGUGGUAGUAUUUACUCAGUUAGUUUGUAGAUUUGAACUAAAGCAGUGUUGUCACUUAAGCUCGAAAGCCAUCAAUGUGGUUUGCCCAAUAAAUUAGUGUGUACAACACUGCUCCUGGAUUCCAGUUUUUUUUAGGGCCAGACAGCAGUUGUGGGGGCUACAGAAAUGUAAUCAAAUUUGGAUGUAGUGUACAUGACUCCAACGCAGACACCUCUGAUCUUUGUUUACACUGCCACCUUGAAUCUUUGUAGUCAUUGAAAAGGGCUACGUCCACUCUAAUUUGUUUUGAUUUUAAAAACUCCUGUUUGCUAUGUUUACACCUAGCGACUAUAUUACUCAAACAUUUUAGGAACCCUGGAAUGCUGCUCACCCCGUUUUAGUUUUAAUAGUCUGGGGUUGUGUUUUAGUCGAUAGGCAGAAAGGAAGAUUUUUGGAAACAGUGAUGCAGACAUUCACGUUUGCCUCCUGACUGGGUCUCAUCACUCACAAUGUGUCCUACCCGAAUUUGGCAGGCUCGCAAAACACGACCGUUUUCUGGAUAAAAACGUAGACAUCAGACUUGACUGUCAGUGGUCAGUUCUAGAUAGUAGGUUGCUUGCAGUAUGUUUCUGAAUUUUAAUGUGCUACCACUACGCAUAUACACAGAAGGCAAGCUAUAAUUCAAGUGGUUUGUGACAAUUCCUAUGAUAUACAUUUUCAUGCAUGUUUUGUGAAUGGAGGUAAAUUCCUUGUUAGGAAAGAGAUCUAUUUCAUUUAAAGCACUUUUUAAAAAAAAUAAAAACCCAUUAGUGUGGAUGUAGCCUAGGAAACUCCGUUACGAUUUCUUUUCUACUUUUUUUUUUUUUGCUAGAUUUUAAAAUGUCUUUUGUUCUAUUCAGUUCUGUAAGUGGCAAAACAGUAAAGACGGAGAUGAUCUGCUUAAAUUCUAAGAACUGUUACAAUAUAUCUGUGCAUUAGGUAGUCAUUUAUACCUUUUGUUGUUAAUGUUUUGAUUGAAGAAUGCCAAAAGUUAUUGGGAAAGCAGAAGUUUUCAUUCUUACAUUUGGUUUCCAGGUCUGAGAAUUUGCUUCAGAGUUACUAUUGAGGCUGUAGGAGUAUGAAUUAGACAAGUUUACUGUAGAAGAAAUCAGUAAUGGAUGGCUUGAUUAUGAAGAUCAGCACAAAGGCAUAAUGCUCUUCUGUAUGGUUUAACAAUUGACCCAGAAAACUGACAGCUGACGCUCCCUGCUGUAUUUUGGAUUUAUUGGAUGAAUCUGAAAGAAACAUGAACAUUUGCAUAAUGAAAUGCCAAGAACGAGGAUCACAGUUACUAACAAAAGAAAUGGUUUGCUGCCUAAAAUACUCCUCUUCCAAUGUUUGCAUAGAUGAGCCAAUUGCAUACAGAAACUGAAUGCAAAAACCUCAAGGUUCUUAGUAGCAGUGUAGACUUUCAAUGACAAUAUGAUAAUAGGCAGCACACAGUGUCCGCUGUCCUUUCUUUUGAAAUUUCAGUGUCACUUAUCUCUGACUGACUUUUGCUGUCGAAGUCGAGUUUUCCCAUUUCAGUAAUGCAGUCCUCUUACAUCAGUCCCUCCCUCUUGGCACCAUAAGAGGCGCCGCACUUAGCAUUAAGCUACAAUAUCUAGUUGUACCAAGUGGGCGCUGAGAAAUGAUCCCCAGACUCACUUGACCUCUAAGGCUAAUUUAAGGGAAACUAGAAAAGCAUGACACACUGUGCUAUUGUGCCUUUUAUCACUGUUGCACAUAUACAUAUAAAGCGUAUUCUCACUUUUAGUCUUAUUUUAGAAUAUGUAUUUCAGUUUUUGUUUUUCCUUGUGUACCCUCCCCUUUGCCUAUUGCCCAACAUUGUCUCCAGCUCGCCCAAAGCACCAGGAGUGUGCGACUUGUCCCCCCCUCAUCUGUUGGUCUAAAAUGGCACCAACUGUUAUCGCCUUUCUCCAGCAGGGAAAGGUGUUCUGUUUUCUCCAAAUCACCUCAUUCCUGUAGAGAGAGACAAAGGCUAAACCUCAACACUGUUCAUUUUAUUUUUGUUUAUGGAUAUUUGUUUGUCUUAUAGAAAUGGUUUUUGUAUUAUUUUCUUUUCUUGGUUAGAGAAUUGGAACUUACACGUCAUGACCCUAAAAUAUACUACUUAACUACUCCCUUAAUGGAGUUUUUUUGAUCUCAGGUUCCACUGACAAAGCAUCCCAAAAGGCUCUUCAGAUAUGGCUGAGGAUUCAUGUUACAAAAUAAGUAAAAUGUACUGAAAAGCA